AUGGCAGAACGCGGCCACAAGACCGGCGUCACGCACAUCGAUGCCGUUGAAACGGCCGAAAAGCUCGGCACAACCGUCGACGAGGUCAUCGCCACUCGCAUCACGGAAGAGGACAUGAUGCGACACUCCGCCCAAGCACUGACCUUCCGCUCCAAGACCGGUUGGCGCAUCUGUCUUAUUAUGUUCGUCAUGGGCUGCAACCAGGCGGGGUUCGGUAUUGAUUGGGCUGUUAUUGGUGGUAUCAACGCGUACGACAGCUGGCACAACUACUUUGGAUUCGCUACUACCGGUGUCGUUAUUGGAACUAUCAAUGCGCUCAUGACAGUUGGUACCUUUGUCGGCGCGCCGUUCUUGGCGCUUGCUGAUCCCUUUGGGCGUCGUGGCGUCAACUUCCUGGGCAACUUCCUGGUCGUCAUCGCAGCACUACUGCAGGGCCUGGCCCCAAACCUUCCGUGUUUCUUUAUUGGACGACUGCUAUUGGGUUUCGGCACUGCUCUUUGCACCGCUCCCCAGUACAUGGCUGAGAUUGCCCCAGUCCAUCUCAGAGGUAGACUGGUUGGCGUUUUUGGUGCCUGUUUUCAGGUUGGCAGUAUCGUCAUGAAUGCUGCCAUGAUGGGCUUUACCCAGUGGAAGGGUAGUGACUGGCAAUGGCGAGCGCCUUUGAUCCUCGAAGGUCUCUUCCCCUUCAUCGUCUGCGUCACGAUUUACUUGUGGUGUCCCGAAUCUCCGAGAUGGCUCGUUAUGAGGGGCAGGCACGAGGAGGCCCGCCGCGUUAUUGCCAGGUACAUGACAACAAAUGACGACGUGAACACCCCCAUCGUGGGUAUGAUGAUAGCACAGAUCGAGGAGUCGUUGGAGGAAUCCAAUACCGGAAUCAGGGCUGCCUGGGAUUAUCGCGUCUUCUUCACCAAGCAAGUCGGGUACCGCACAUUUGUCCUGCUCAUCUACUCCCUGUUCCAGUCCUGGAACGGCGGCGGCAUCAUCGGACAGUACCUCACCCCGGCCCUCGAGACCAUCGGCAUCACCAGCGACCUCGACCAGCUCGGCAUCAACCUGGGCCUGACGGCCGUCUACUUUGUCUUCACCGCCUUCGGAGCCUACAUCAUCGACUUCGUCCGCCGCCGCACCCUGAUCUUCUCCGGCCUGAUCGCCAUCAUCCUCGCCCAGACCGCCGUCACCAUCACGAGCUGGAAGUACACUGAGAACCCGACCAAGGCGACAGCCUCCCUGACUCUGUUCUGGAUCUUCAGCUUCCAGGUCGCCUCCGCCACCUUGAUUGCCACCAUGCACAAUCUGUACCCCGUCGAGAUUCUGAGUCUGCCCCUCCGCGCCAAGGGCAUGGGUCUGUACGCCAUGUUCCAGGGCGCCGCGGGCGUGGUAAACAACUACGCCAUCUCUCUGGGUAUCGGCAUUCUCGGCUACAAGAUCUGGGCCGUGUACAUCGGAUACAACCUGGUGCAGCUGGUGCUGAGCUACUUCAUCUUCCCUGAGACCGGCAAGCUAAGUCUGGAGGAAAUCGACUCCAUCUUCGAGACUAAGAACACCAACCCCGUCAAGCUGAGCUUGAAGAUCAGCAGGGCCAAGAAGGAAAUGCGGAAGGCGGAGAGGCAGGGGGCCCAUGGUGCUUAG